GAUACGAUACUGCACAAUCCAACCUACCCAUUUCAUUUUACACGCUGACCAUCAACCCCGCCUUUUGCAAAUGUACUCGGGGUCAAAUUCCUUCCUGGGCGGCCAGAGUGGUCGUCCAGGCGGUCCCCAACAGUUCAACUCCUUUCCUGGGCAGCAACAACCCCAACAACAGCAGCAACAGCAACAACAGCCAGGUGGCUUCCUCAACUCCAAUCCAACAGGCUAUGGAGUUGCGCCUUUGCAACAGCAGUAUACAGGGUUUCCUAUGCAAAGCCAGCAAACGGGAUUCCAACCUCAGCAGCAGCAGCAAUUACAGCCUCAGCAGACAGGUUUCCCGGGUCAGCAAAACCAAGCUCAAUAUGGAAAUCCCCUACAACAACAGCAAAGCUUCCAAACUGGAGCUCCUCCGAUGCCGCAGAUGCCGCAGCAGUUCCAGAAUCAGAAUCAACCUCCGGUGCCACCCCAAAAGCCUCAACCUACAGGUUUCGCCCAGAUGGCAGAUAGCUUUCGAACUACACCAGCAGCUCCCGCACGAGGCCGACGAGCAUCCAAAGCGAAGUCGGGCACCAAAAUUCCAAAUAUAAGAUUAUCUUUCAUCACGGCGCAAGAUCAGGCAAAGUUUGAGACUCUGUUCAAAUCAGCUGUGGGGGAUGGCCAGACGCUUUCUGGAGACAAAUCGCGGGACUUACUAAUGAGAUCUAAGCUUGAUGGAAAUAUUUUGUCUCAAAUCUGGUAGGUUCUGGUAAAUAUUUGUCGUCUAAACUGGUGUACUGACUUGAAUAGGACGCUGGCAGAUACCACGAGAUCCGGACAAUUACAUUUCCCAGAAUUUGCACUUGCAAUGUAUCUUUGCAACUUGGCUCUUGUGGGCAAAACACUUCCUUCAAACCUCCCCGAUAAUAUCAAAAACGAAGUUUCAAGUAUGGUGGAUAUAAUAAACUUUGGAGUGGUCGACGAUGCGCCGGAACCUGCUCUUCAGACGAACGCCCCGAGCUUCGAUACUCGACAAAAUACCACAUCCCCACCCACUAUCCAACAACCCCAGCCAAUGCCUUCAAACUCCGCUCUUUUGACAGCACAAAUGACUGGAUUUCCAGGACAGCAGAAUAGUUUCGGAGGUGGCUUUGGUGGACAACAACAGCCCGGCUUCCAGCAACCAAUGCAAACAGGUUUUAACCAACCCCAACAGACAGGCUUGCAACCAAAUCCAACUGGAUUCAGCAUGUCUGGUUCAUCGACAUCCAGUUAUACAGGCCCUAGACCCCCGAUGCCUCCAAUGCCUACAGGAUUUGGGUCAAAUCAAGGCUUAUCGCCCGCGCAAACUGGAAUGGGUGGUAUGAUAGCUCCAUUGAACAGUCAACCUACCGGAAUGCCGGGGCAAUGGGGAUUAGUUAAUACUCCAGCUACUGGUCUACCAAAUAUCGACUUGUUGCAACAAAGAAUGAUGCCGCAACAAGGUCGUGAACAAGGCUCGUUCAAUACAGCUGGCUUGACAGGUAACGCCGUAAUCCCUUGGGCAGUUACCAAAGAUGAAAAGCAAAGAUAUGAUGCUAUUUUCAAAGCCUGGGAUGGUUUCAAUAAAGGAUUUAUUGGAGGCGAUGUUGCCACUGAAGUGUUCGGGCAGAGUGGACUAGCAAAAUCGGACAUGGAGCGAGUCUGGACAUUGGCCGACCAUGGCAACAAGGGAAGACUUAACAUGGAUGAGUUUGCGGUUGCUAUGCAUUUGAUUUACCGAAAACUAAACAACUACCCGCUACCUGCUCAACUCCCACCGGAGCUCGUACCACCAUCUACCCGUAACUUUAAUGACUCAAUUGGCGCUGUCAAGUCGUUAUUACACCAAGAGUCUGACUUCCGAAAGAACUCUGGUGCACGCCUGUUGCCACAAAAGACUGGAGUCAGCUAUCUCAAAAACCACUCCUUCAAAGGCAACUCCAGCGCUGUUGGGACAGGACGAAAAGAUGCUACAGUCUUCAAGAACAAUGAUGAUGACGUUGGUUACAAGUCUAGUGCUCGUCGAAGAUUGGGUGGCGCAAGUUCUCCACGUCCAGAUUCCCCAUCAUCUACCUCGAGUGAUGAUUUGUCUUUGGAUCAGCUUCGGAAGAAGAUUCGUGAAAAGCAGGUUCUUCUAGAUGCCAUCGACUUCAAGGACGAGAAAGCUGCCGAUGAAGAUGAUCUUCUUGAUCGGCGAGACCGCCGUGAAGCCGAUGAUUUAUAUCAGCGUAUUCGCCGACUCCAAGAAGACAUUGACAGCCAUCCCGAUUCAGCCCUGCGAAGUGUUGACUCUGGCGCUGAACGUCGUGCUCUUAAACGCCAGUUGCAAAGUCUAACAGACAAAUUACCCGAAGUUGCAUCAAAUGUGAGAAGAAUAGAACGAAGCAUUGCGGACGCAAGACUGGAAUUGUUCCGUUUGAAAGACGCAAAAGCCCAUCCUGGAAGUGCCUCGACGGUUGUUGGAACUGGCCCUGGAGGUUCAGUUACUGAAUCUGAUAGGCUGAAAGCCAGAGCGAAGGCGAUGAUGCAACAGCGAAGCGCAGCACUAACUGGAAAGAAGAUUGACACCCCUACUGAGGAUUUCGGUGGACCGCAACGUUUGGAUGAAGAAAAUUCUCGAAUCAGAGACGAGAGAGAAAAGAACGAACGCAUGGUCAAAGAUGUCGAAGAAGGCGUUCGAGAGUUUUCCCGUAGCUUGGAGGAUAGUCUUGCUGAAGGUGGCGAGGACAAUACCAGUGAACAUGAGAAGCGUAGAUGGGAGGACGGUCUGGGAGUUGAGGAUGAGGUCAAGGAUUUUAUUUUCGAUUUGCAGAGAUCGAGCAGAUCUGCCAAGGUCAGAAAGGGCGAUCAUCGAAGCACGCGUGAUGCACCUCGUACAGAGUCAUCCCGAUUUGAUAGCCCUGCGACUUCUACUAGAUUUGAGGAGCCUGCCGCAAAACCUGCUCCAGCACCUGCCGCUGGAGGGGGCACUUAUUCCCAGCACAAAACAGCCGAGGAGCGAGCAGCUUAUAUCAAGCAACAAGCUGAACAGCGGAUGGCAGAGCGUCUUGCUGCUCUCGGUAUAAAGGCUCCUUCUAAACCUGGUGAAACCACGCAGCAAAGACUUGAACGAGAAAAGAAUGAGAGAGCUGCCAAAUUACGAGAAGCUGAAGCGGAGGAUGCUAGACGUGAAGCAGAACGUCAAGCUAGAAUUAACGAAGAGCAAGGCAUUCCACCACCAGCGGCUGCUCCUGCUCCCCCAGCACCAAGAUCUGCAAAGAAAGCUCCCCCAGCACCAGUAACUCGGAAAGCUGCUAGGAGCGAUGCAAGCGAGCGCAGAGCUGAGGAGGAAGCUCGUGUUCUGACGGAACAAAAAGCACAGCUUAUUGCCACGCAAGAGCUCGAGUACGUAUCUCUUUUGAGUAGUCUUGAUACUUUUACUAACACAAACAGGGAUGAUGCGAAACGUCAAGAGAAAGAGCUUGCUGCAGCUCGUGAAGCUUCAGAGGCUCGCACUAGAGCUCUGGAGGAGCAAGUGAAAGCACGCAAAAUUAGCAAAGAAGAGGAGAAGCGUAGAAAGAUGGCAGCAAAUGCGGAGGCCAAAGAAAAGGAAGCCAGACUUGCCGCUCAACGUGCCGAGAUUGAAGCUGCACAACUUCGGGAAAGAGAGCUUCAACGUCAAUUGGAAGCCCUUGAGGACGAAGACUCCUCUUCAGAUGAGGAUGAAGGUCCACAAGAGGUUACACCGCAAGCUUCAACACCAACACUAGGUAGCCAGGAAUUAGAGCGCAAAGAAGUCACUCCUCCACCACCGCCUCCAAUGCCCAGUUCUGUUCCACCAGUUCCAGUUGCGGCAGUAACGACACCUGUUGCUCCUUCCAGCCCUGAAGCGGAAACGAAAAAUCCUUUCUUGAAGAAACUGGCCCAGGCUGGAACCGAUGGUGGCUCUACAUCAAACAACCCAUUCCAUCGCCUACCUUCUCAAGAGAUGCCCCAGCCAGCCGAUCCAAUUGUCACUCAGCCAACCGGCGCUAGAUCCCGUGCCCGCCCUGAAGAGGAUGACUGGUCUGUUGUUGGCUCUGACAAGGACGAUGAUUCCUCGGAUGAUGAGGGUCCAGGUGCAGGAAACGCCCGUCACCUUGCUUCGAUCCUCUUCGGUACCAUGGCACCUCCUCGUCCUCUCUCUGCCAUGGACAAUCCAUCAGCACCAGCAAGUCCAGCUCCACCUCGAGACUCUCCUGCUGCUCCUCCACCACCCCCUCCUAUGACUUCAGAAGGUCCACCCGGACCGCCUCCACCGCCCCCAAUGCCAAACACCGGUGCUCCCCCUCCCCCUCCGAUCUUUGGUGCUCCAGCGCCUCCUCCACCACCUCCUCCGGCUCCUGCGCCUGGAAUGGAGGCCUCUGCUGCGCCAAGACCAGCGGCUUUGUUGGGAGAGAUUCAGAUGGGAAGGCAGUUGAAGAAGACUGUUACCAAGGAUUCUAGUGGAGCUGCUGUUGCUGGACGGGUUCUUGAUUAGGAUUGUAGUUUAGUUGGUUAGGGAUUCAAGGGAUAGAAAUUCGUUUUUUGAUGAGUGGUGAUGGUGAUGGAAAUGUGGGACCUGAGAGGGAGAUUGUGUAAUUAUAUUUCGUCGGUGGAGGGUAGAUGUAUGGAGGUGGGGUGGUUAGAUAGUUAGGUAGCGAGCACAUAACUGAGCGUAGCGCGAGAAUCUGAUUUCCUCCUGCGUUUUGAGAG